AUGGUGCACUUUAAGGACGAGCUACUGAUCCGCCACGAGAAGAGAUGGUCUCAGGUGAGACAAUGCUGUCAAUAUCGUUUACAAUGCGUGUGUGAAAGGUCUAACCCUAUACACCUUCGAUAGUACACAUUCACAAGGCUAUGAAUUCAUUUAAAUAUGAUGGACAUGAAUUGAAGACGGAUGAUGACGUUUUAUUACACACAAAGCAAUAUAUUUAUUCAGCUCAUUCACUGUUUUGGCCGGUCGUGUACUUGUACGACAUUCUCGGCUGGCGACUCACCAGGAAGUAUUUCAAGAGGUUAGAGGAGGGUGAAGAUGAGACAGAGCCGAAGGAGAGGAUGAAGGUCAACAUGACAAACAAUACAAUGAUUCCUUCUAUGUCUAGAAUCCCUACUUGGAGAAAUUGUUGUUGUAUUAUUGUUAUAUAUUACAGUGUAAAGGAGGUGGUGUACCUAAUAAACUGUCAGGUGAGUGUAUAUUACAGUAUAUAGGGGGUGUACCUAAUAAACUGUCAGGUGAGUGUAUAUUUCAGUAUAUAGGAAGCGGGACUGAUGCUUUUGUAUUCUGUUAGAAAGAGAAGGAUAACACCUAUCUCCUGGCUUUGGAUGGGGACACAGACUUCCAGCCAUCUGUUGUCAUGCUCCUGAUAGAUGGACUGAAACGCUACCCACACGUGGGAGCGGCAUGUGGAAGGAUUCACCCGACAGGACACAGGUAUGUACAGCCCUCGUGUGAAUCGUGCCUUUAUAAUUAAAGAUCAAAUUGUCAUUGUUAUGACAAUUUGCUUCGGAUAAAUCUACGAUUUGUAAGUAGCCUAUGUCACUAGGUGAGUGGAUGGUAGCGAAUCGACUUGUUCUUUACGCGCCUCAAACUUGGCAAUAGUGGUUACCUUGAAUGAAUUAAUGUUGAUCCGUAGAGUUGACUGUAGCAAUCCUUUGUGUCUUGUUUGACGUUUCUUGCGUUUUCUUGAAUUUGUUUGCUUUGGUUUGAUUGCGGUAAGAACGGUGAGCUCUCCCACCAUCCACACACAAACAAAACAUUCAAACACCUGUGUGUUUAAAUCAGUGUGUUCCACCCAUUCCGCUCCAGCCAUUACCACGAGCCCGUCCUCCCCAGUUAAGGUGUAUUUGAUACCAUUCCACUCCAGCCAUUACCAUGAGCCCAUUCCGCUCCAGCCAUUACCACGAGCCUAUUCCGCUCCAGCCAUUACCACGAGCCCAUUAUGCUCCAGCCAUUACCACGAGCCCGUUCCGCUCCAGCCAUUACCACGAGCCUAUUCCGCUCCAGCCAUUACCACGAGCCCAUUCCGCUCCAGCCAUUACCACGAGCCCAUUCCGCUCCAGCCAUUACCACGAGCCCAUUCCGCUCCAGCCAUUACCACGAGCCCAUUCCGCUCCAGCCAUUACCACGAGCCUAUUCCGCUCCAGCCAUUACCACGAGCCCAUUCCGCUCCAGCCAUUACCACGAGCCCAUUCCGCUCCAGCCAUUACCACGAGCCCAUUCCGCUCCAGCCAUUACCACGAGCCCGUCCUCCCGAAUUAAGGUGCCACCAACCUCCUGUGGUUUAUAGAUUACCUUGAUUCCUAGAUGGCGUAGCAGUGUGGUCGUGUAUUGUGUUGUGUCCUCUUGUAAAUAGUCAGUUUUUUUCGUAUAUAUUUCUCUCUCACUUUCCAUCCUUUAACUAAAUAUACUUUCCUGCAACCCCCCUCACCCAAUGUGGAACGGAUUCUAUUAUUUCUUCAUACCUUUUAUCAAGAACCCACAGCUAAAACUAGCCAGCUAACUAGCUACUUGCUAUUAGCUAUUGCCAUUAGCCACCGUUAGCGGUCUUCACCACUGUCCGUGGCCUGCACUACCUACCAGCCAGCUCUAGCCUGGACAAUUAUCGGCCAGUCUGCACAGCGUGCACAUUGCGCUAUCGAGCUAGAGCAUAUCGGAUUUUCUGCCGGAAUCACACUCUACCGAAACACACUCUUCCGAAACACACUCUUCCGAAACACACUCUUCCGAAACACACUCUUCCGAAACACACUCUUCCGAAACACACUCUUCCGAAAAAACACUCUCCCGAAACACACUCUUCCGAAACACACUCUUCCGAAACACACUCUUCCGAAACACACUCUUCCGAAACACACUCUUCCGAAACACACUCUUCCGAAACACACUCUUCCGAAAAAACACUCUCCCGAAACACACUCUUCCGAAACACACUCUUCCGAAACACACUCUUCCGAAACACACUCUUCCGAAACACACUCUCCCGAAACACACUCUCCCGAAACACACUCUUCCGAAACACACUCUCCCGAAACACAUAUUCACAGUGACUUGUUACAGAUGGUGGAGAAUGUGGGCAGAGCAUCCCCUGGUGGCUUUCAUGGCAGAACUAAGAACAGAUAUAGCCCCUGGUUCACCUCAGACUUGACUGCCCUUGACCAGCACAAAAACAUCCUGUGGCGUACUGCAUUAGCAUCGAACAGCCCACGCGAUAUGCAACUUUUCAGGGAAGUCAGGAACCAAUAUACACAAUCAGUUAGGAAAGCAAAGGCUAGCUUUUUCAAACAGAAAUCUGCAUCCUGUAGCACUAACUCCAAAAAGUUUUGGGACACUGUAUAGUCCAUGGAGAAUAAAAGCACCUCCUCCCAGCUACCCACUGCACUGAGGCUAGGAAACACUGUCACCACAGAUAAAUCUACGAUAAUCGAGAAUUUCAAUAAGCAUUUUGCUACGGCUGGCCAUGCUUUCCACCUGGCUACCCCUACCCCGGCCACCAGCUCAGCACCCUCCGCUGCAACUUGCCCAUGCCCCCCCCCCCGCUUCUCCUUCACCCAAAUUCAGAUAGCUGAUGUCCUGAAAGAGCUGCAAAAUAUGUACCCCUACAAAUCAGCUGGGCUAGACAAUCUGGACCCUUUCUUUCUAAAAUUAGCCGCCGAAAUUGUCGCAACCCCUAUUACUAGCCUGUUCAACCUCUCUUUCGUAUCGUCUGAGAUCCCCAGAGAUUGGAAAGCUGCCGCGGUCAUCCCCCUCUUCAAAGGGGGUGACACUCUAGAUCCAAACUGUUACAGACCUAUAUCCAUCCUACCCUGCCUUUCGAAAGUAUUUGAAGGCCAAGUUAACAAACAGAUCACCGACCACUUCGAAUCCCACCUCUACGCUGACGACACCAUUUUGUAUACAUCUGGCCCUUCAUUGGACACUGUGUUAACAAACCUCCAAACGAGCUUCAAUGCCAUACAACACUCCUUCUGUGGCCUCCAACUGCUCUUAAACGCUAGUAAAACUAAAUGCAUGCUCUUCAAUCGAACGCUGCUUGCACCCGCCCGCCCGACUAGAAUCACUACUCUCGGCGGGUCUGACGUAGAAUACCUAGGUGUCUGGUUAGACCGUAAACUCUCCUUCCAGACUCACAUUAAGCAUCUCCAAUUCAAAGUUAAAUCUAGAAUUGGCUUCCUGUUUCACAACAAAGCCUCCUUCACUCAUGCUGCCAAACAUGCCCUCGUAAAACUGACUAUCCUACCGAUCCUUGCGAUGUCAUUUCCAAAAUAGGUUCCAACACUCAACUCAGCAAAUUGAAUAUAGUCUAUCACAGUGCCAUCCGUUUUGUCACCAAAGCCCCAUAUACUACCCACCAUUGUGACCUGUACGCUCUCGUUGGCUGGCCCUCACUACAUAUUCGUCGCCAAACCCACUGGCUCCAGGUCAUCUAUAAAUCACUGCUAGGCAAAUCCCCGCCUUAUCUUAGCUCAUUGGUCACCAUAGCAACACCCACCCGUAGUAUGCGUUCCAGCAGGUAUAUUUCACUGGUCAUCCCCAAAGCCAACACAUCCUUUGGCCGCCAUUCCUUCCAGUUCUCUGCUGCAAAUGACUGGAACGAACUACAAAAAUCUCUGAAGCUGGAGACACUUAACUCCCUCACUAACUUUAAGCAUCAGUUGUCAGAGCAGCUUACCGAUCACUGCACCUGUACACAGCCCAUCUGUAAUUAGCUCACCCAACUACCUCAUCCCCAUAUUGUUAUUUAUUUUUGUUAUUUAUUUUGCUCAUUUGCACCCCAGUAUCUCUAUUUGCACAUCAUCUUCUGCACAUCUAUCACUCCAGUGUUAAUACUAAAUUGUAAUUAUUUUGCACUAUGGCCUAUUUAUUGCCUUACCUCCAUAACUUACUACAUUUGCACACACUGUAUAUAGAUUUUCUAUUUUCUAUUGUGUUAUUGACUGUAUGUUUUUGUUUUACCCCAUAUGUAACUCUGUGUUGUUGUUGUUUUUAUCGCACUGCUUUGCUUUAUCUUGGCCAGGUCGCAGUUGUAAAUGAGAACUUGUUCUCAACUGGCUUACCUGGUUAAAUAAAGGUGAAAUAAAUAAAAUAAAUAAAUAACCUGAUGUGUGAUCACCACCACCAUGUAUCUGCCCCUAGUGGUCGUGAGUGUAAUUGGCCAAAUAUUACCACAAUAUUAAAUACACCCAAAUUGGCUCCAACAAUCAUCGUUAGGGAUACGUUUUCAUCUCUAAUAGACAGCUACAAAUGAAAAAUGUACCCAGCUCAUUUUAUGGAUUUUAUUGUUUAUUGGAUUUACGCACCAACCAAGACUAUUUCAGUUUAAGUUAGCGCGCAACGGUACCUGCUUGUUUCACUAAAUGCACUAAAACAAUAUUGUGUGUGUACACUAUAUGCACAGUGAAGGUAUAAUAUACAUCAUACAGAUAUCUACUCAGUGAUAUAGAUGUCUACUCAGUGAUAUGGAUAUAGAUGUCUACUCAGUGAUAUGGAUAUAGAUGUCUACUCAGUGAUAUGGAUAUAGAUGUCUACUCAGUGAUAUGGAUAUAGAUGUCUACUCAGUGAUAUGGAUAUAGAUAUCUACUCAGUGAUAUGGAUAUAGAUAUCUACACAGUGAUAUGGAUACAGAUAUCUACUCAGUGAUAUGGAGAUAGAAAUCUACUCAGUGAAGGUAUAAUAUACAUUAUACAGAUAUCUACUAAGGUCCUCGUUCUGUUAUAUUGCCCCAGGUCCUAUGGUAUGGUAUCAGAAGUUUGAGUAUGCGGUGGGCCACUGCAGAGCACGUGUUUUGGUUGCUUCAGUCUGGUCGGGGGCCUCAGCCCUCAUGGACGACAACGUGAUGAAGGGAUACACCACCAAGGCCACAGAGGCCGGCCGCUACCUACAGUAGGAUCAAGGUAAACCAAUUGUUCCUAGUCAACAAGAACACAGACACACACACCUCUGGUAGUAGUCUUGUCUACAGCACCGCUCUCUGCUGCGUCGCAGGUGAAGACCGCUGGCUGUGCACUCUCCUGUCGCAGCAGGGCUGGAGGGUGGAGUACAACGCUGCGUCCGACGCCUACACCAACCCCCCCCAGGACUUCAAGGAGUUCUAUAACCAGCGUCGGGCGGCCCACUACCAUGGCCAACACCAUCGACCUGCUGGGCUCAGGGUCUCUGACCUCCCAGAGGAACAGCUUCAUCUCCAAACCCUUCAUCCUUUACCAGAUUAUCACCAUGGCAGCCUCCAUCCUAAGCCCAGCCACCAUCUGCCUAAUGAUCUCAGGUACCCACAGCAACCUGUCUGUCAAAAGGCCUCACACAGCUUUAGCUUUGGGGGAGUUUGUCUUUGGAAUAUAACAGGAUACAAACAUUUUAUUAACACAGGGAAGAAGAUGAUUAUAAUUCAUAAUUCUGGUCCCCUCUCUUUUUCAGGAAGCUUGUCGUUAAUCCUACACAUCGAUCCCAAAUACGCUCUGAUCCUUGCAACAGUGCCCCCUGUGUUGUACCUGGUCCUAUGCUUCAAGCUGAAAUUAGACACACAGGUCACCAUAGCAGCCAUCAUGAGUGCCUUGUAUGCUUUCCUCAUGAUGGGAACCGCUCUGUUCAUCAUGGGUAAAUGGUGACACUAGACUAGGAUUUCAUCUCAAUCAACAUAAUGUAGAACAGCAAGGCUACAAACCUGACUUACAGACUGACUGCCCGGUCAACCUAGUGGGCGAUAUCAAACUAGAACAUUCAUUAAAUACAAAAAAAAUUGAACUUUUGUAGGCUACAAAUGUAAAUGUUGCUUUCUCUGUAAUGAUGUUAACUGUAGUAUCUAUGUUCAUCUCAGGUGCUAUGGUUGAGGAGCAGACCAUUUGGAAUCCCAGCGGCCUGUUCAUCAUAGGCAUGGUGCUGACGAACACCAUCACAGCAGCGCUCCACCCCAAAGGAGUUCCAUCUGGUCAUCUACGGCCUCCUCUACUUCAUCUGUAUCCCCAGUGGCUACCUCCUGCUGACCAUCUACCCCAUGGUCAACAUGAACAACGUGUCCUGGGGCACCUGGGAGACAGGGGGGCCAAGUCACUUCACCACCACCAACCAAGGCCAUCAUCACACAGCGCAUCCUACAGGCCAAGUGCUGCAAAAGUUUCUGCUGGGACGGCUUUCGGAAACGGUGGUGAUGGCGGGAUAAUUCUGGUCGCCUCUCUUUUUCAGGAAGCUUGUCGUUAAUCCUACACAUCGAUCCCAAAUACGCUCUGAUCCUUGCAACAGUGCCCCCUGUGUUGUACCUCUGGACCAGAGCGAUCAGGUGCCGGAAACGGUGGUGAUGGCUGGUAAGCCAAAUGGUGAACCUUGA